AUGACUGUCGACGCGGUGCUCCUCGCCAUCGUCGUCGCCUUCCUCCUCCCGCUUCGCCUCGUCUCCCUCGGCCUCCGCCUGGCGUCCGGGCGCCACAGCACUAGCGCCAGACACCUCCGCCGUUCCUGUGCCGCUUUGGCCGUCGCGGCGGCGCUCCUCGCCGUCAUCUUCGCCCUCCCGCGUGACCACGCCAGGGAGUGCGCCGCCACGGUCGCCUCCGUCUCCAGUGGCGGGGAUGAGGACGGCGGUUUCCGCGAGGAGCUGCGGUCGGAGGUCGAGCAGCUUAAGCUGCAGCUGGCGCGGCUUGAAUCUCUUUGGGAUAGUAAAUCUAAAGUGGUGGAUGAGAAACUUGGUCCUUUAGAGGAGGAGAAUGACCGUGUAGUGAGAGCAAUGGAACUUGAUAUCCAGUCUCUGAUCAAUGAGCAGGAAAAUAUCAAGAUUCAGGAAUCAUUAUGCAGCUCAUAUUUUGGUGAUAGUAUCAAGGCAAUGGAAAAUGAGGUUCAAAUUCUAAAAGAUGGAUCAAGAAAGAUGAACUCGGAUAUAUGGACAGUAGCAAAGGACACAACAGAAAAGGUCGAAGCUCUGCAUUCAGCUAUCAAGAAGGUUCAAGUUAUAGCUGAUGAAUGGGUCACGAUGAACUCUACUACUAACAGAAUAUGGUCAUUCACUAAGGAGACAGAGAAAAGGGUGGAAGGUCUAUAUUCAGAUUUAAAGAAGUUACAUGUUAUGGGUACAAAUGAAUCACAAUGGGAAGUGUUUGAUGGGGGGGCUUCAAGCAGACGAAGAGAAAAGUGCCAUUCUGGAGAGAUUGAUGAUGCUGUGGACGGACCUGAUGUUUGA